AUGUCUUCUCCGGUGCCGCUUCUGCGGCCGCCUGUCCCUGGUGCACGAAGCUCAAGCGGUAGCCGGACUCCUCGUUUGACAUUGGGAAUCCCCCCUUCACCCAACCAGCGACCAGUGACCGGAGAAGGAGAGCCUGCUGCCGAAGUCCCCCGCUUCAGCCUCGCCGCAGCUGGAUCAAAGGGACCACCAAAACUAUCUCUCGCUACACCGAUGGGAAGUCUCGGCUCAGUGCAAGAAGGAGGGACCAAUCUAAGACCACAGAUACACCCUUUGAAUAUAUCCGCGGUGACAGGAAAUGAAGCCAUCAGCAGGCCGAGGGGGGAUAGUUUCCAUGCUGCCAGUGUUCCCGGGUCUGCUUCGUCGUCCACCUACUCGGCUCUUUCGUUCGCCAUGCAUGGCAGGCAAGGUGGGACACCUGACCCAUCCUCUGCGAUAAGUUCGAUCUACUCCGAGGCUAGCAUUGGCGGGACUUCAAUGGAAAGAGAAUCAAGUAUGGGAGGAUUGUCAGUAGACUUUGAGAAACUUGCCAUCGAGAAAGGAAGACCGCUCGAUGUGGAAGACCUGGACGACGAAGGCUGGGGUGCGGCGAGCGAACAGAAGAAAAUCAUAGAACUGGGUUCUCUGGGUGAAGGUGCCGGUGGUGCGGUCACACGGUGUAUGUUGGAAGGCGGCAAGACAAUUUUCGCGCUCAAGAUCAUCACCACCAGCCCCGACCCAGACGUCAAAAAGCAGAUCCUUCGUGAACUCAAAUUCAACAAGAAUUGCACGUCCGAGUAUAUUUGCCAAUAUUAUGGCGCUUUCAUGGACAAAUCCUCGAGCACGAUAUCGAUAGCAAUGGAGUUCUGUGAGGGUGGCAGCCUGGACAGUGUAUACCGUGAAGUGAAGAAACUGGGCGGAAGAACGGGGGAGAAAGUACUGGGAAAGAUCGCAGAAGGAGUAUUACAUGGUCUCACAUACCUCAACAGUAGGAAGAUCAUACACAGAGAUAUCAAGCCCUCUAAUAUCCUUCUCUGCCGCAAUGGCCAGGUGAAGCUCUGUGACUUUGGUGUUUCCGGCGAAUUCGGCACAAAAGGUGAUGCCAACACCUUUAUAGGUACCUCUUAUUACAUGGCUCCCGAGAGGAUACAGGGGCAAUCCUAUACCAUCACCUCCGACGUGUGGUCUUUGGGUGUGACUCUCCUGGAAGUCGCUCAGCAUCGCUUCCCUUUUCCAGCCGAUGGCACAGAAAUGCAGCCUCGUGCUGGCUUGAUUGACCUGCUCACGUAUAUUGUUGCCCAGCCAAUACCGAAAUUGAAAGACGAACCCGAGAACGGUAUCAAAUGGAGCGACAUGUUCAAGUACUUUAUCGAGUGCUGUCUAGAGAAGGAGCCGCCCAGGCGAGCCACACCAUGGCGAAUGCUCGAGCAUCCGUGGAUGGUCGAGAUGAAAGCUAAGAAGGUCAGCAUGAGCUCCUUCUUGAAACAGGUGUGGGACUGGAAAGAUUGA